AUGGAAGAAAUCAUCAAAAAAAUUGCGAGAUUUGAUCAUCCUGAAAUAUCAGAUAGGGCAAUUUUAACAGUUUGCUCAAAACUUUCAAAUAGAGUUGCUCGUAUUGACGAUUUUAUCGAGAUAGAGAAGUGUGUUAUUUCAGGGCUCAUAAUGAGUUGAAUUAAUAUAAGGCAAGAAGAGGCAGAAAUUCAAACAAUAAAUGCAGCACUCAAAGUAUUACAGUUACUUGCACUGAAUCCUAAAGGACAUUUCAGCUUGAUGAGCUUAGGUGCAAUAGAUUUUUUUAAUGCUUAUUACAAAAAUGCCCCAACCACGCUUCAAUCUUUAGUUUCAGGAAUUUUAAAUGCGCUAGUAAGCCCUGCAUUUGCACCAAUCCCAAUAUCUCAGCCUUCCCAAAUUCCUGAUAUUGAUGAAAAGCUUCAAAUUUUUCCAGCAAAUGAACUUCCAAACGUAACAAGGCCUAAAAACCCGCCAAAGAAAGAAAAUUAUACCAAAGAUCCUGAACAGCUUGGUACAAUUCUGGAACAUUGCGAAUUUCCUCCUGUCUUAUUGUGUGAUAGUGACGAAAAAGUGAUUUUCGACUUAGGAGUUUUGGUCAAAUUUGGGAACGUGGAAGAAAUGAUUGAGAGCUGCAAUGAUUUCCAAUAUUCAAUUUUACAGAAUUAUCCAUUGGAUUCUCUAAUACUUAAUUAAAUAUGGGCGUUAGGCCUCCCGGCCAUACAGCCUUGAACACAUAUUAAUCAUAUCCGGCAAGGCUUUACCAGUCCAGAAAUGGACAGCUAUUCGGUAAGCAAUCUUAGUGUUUGGGGUCUAGCCUUAGCCUGCUUUCAGAGCUGGAAUUUAAUGUGAAGGACUUGGAGUUGAAAAGGGAAAGUCCAGCAAAGCCUCUUAGACCAGUCGGGCAACUCCUUAGGGUGAAACCAGGAGUUAGCCCUGGGCUACAAGUAUUUAGUUUUUGCCAAGAGUUUCAUGUUUUAGAUUUUUAUAUGGGUAUCUGGCGUAUGGCAUGGUGGCCCAUCCCACUCCACUCUCCGUUCGACACUAGCCUCAUGCGGAGAGAGUUAAUCCCUGAUGGGGAGGUUGCAGGAGGCCUAACAAAGCAAGUUGGGAGAUAAAUACCCAGUCAGGUAGCUUCUCAAUAAUCUUAACUAACUGGCUAACUAACUAACUAAAUAACUAAUUGGAUUCACUAAUGCAAAGACCUGACUUAAUAAGAAGUAUUAUAAGCUUAGCUAGCAUAGCGCUUCAAAAAGGAGCUUUAGAAGUGACUUAUAAAGCUUUGAAAUCAAUGGAAGCAAUUUUAAUCAAGCUUGAACAUUUUACAACACAAGCAAGCAAAGCUGAAUACAGGGCUGCUACUUGUACACCGAAAAAGGUGCUGCUUCCUUUGGAGCAUAUCGAAAUUUCUGUUCCUUGUUUGAAAGGUGAGCAGUGGGGAGUUGGGACCCCAGGACUGACUUUAUCAAGUUUAUCUUUGGCUGAAUUAAUAAUCAAUGGAAUUCCCCUUGAAGAUUCCAGAAUUAUAGGAGUUGCUAUUAAAUCUUGGGAAGCUGGACUUUGGACUAUGCCUAAACUACUAAAAUACCCCAAAGUAGUGAACAAUAUCUUAGAAAAAAUCGGAAAUGCACUGCAGCAGCACUCAGAAAAGCCUAAUUCCAAUGAAAACUCUAUCAUAAUAAAAUCAAUUUUAGAACUUGGGCUCAAAUUCAUUUUCAUGCUCCCUCCAGACAGAAUAUCUGAAUGUCUCUCCAAACAGAGCAAUUUAUCAAAAUUCAUAGCUGAUUUAAUUGUAUUUCAAGGCGAAAAUUGCGAUGAAAUUCUGCCGUAUUUAGAAGAAAUCGAUAAAGACGCAGUAAAAGAGUUCGAAUAUGCCAAAAAAUGUAUGGAAGCUAUAGAAGCCAGCAUAAAAAUAAAGCAAUUGCUUGCUCAUCAGAAGACUCUUCCUAUAACUUCUCCAGAGAUGUUUUAUAAUGCUAUAAUAUUUUUCGAAAGAGUUAUGCCAGUAUUAGAGUUUCAGCAAGACUUGCCAAUCCAAAACCCUAUUUUAGAUUUAAAUGUAUACAGCCAAUUAUUAUCACAAGACUCCACGCUAGAUUCUAGAUCUCAGCAAUGCCAAAAUUUAUUAUUAGCAUUAUUAGCCAGUCCUAUAGAAACUGUUAAACAAAAUACUUUUAAAGCUGUAAAAGCAGCGGUUAUUGAAGAUAUUGCGAUGACAGGUAUAGGAGAAGGGGUUAUUAGAAGCAAAGCUAUUAAAUCUUUGCUCUUGCAAGAACCUAUUUUAGGAUUUUUAAUUAUUUCCUGUACUGAAAUCCAUGAUGUCAUACCUAGAGUUUUGGAAACUUUAGAAGACUAUAACAAACUUGUCCCAUAUUUCACAAUCUUGCAAGGCUUAAGUGCAAUAAAUCCUAAUCUAGGCGGCAUAAUCCAUACACUUACAAACCAGCAGCCAGCCUCUCAACCACUUCGGUUCAUAAGAGACUUAUUCAGUCAAAAUUCAUCAAAUCGUAUUUUGGCAGCACAAAUAUUAAAAUCUUGCCAUACGCCUGAAAAUAUCCAAGAGUCAUGAAUUUCAAAUCAGCGAGAUUUCUGGGAUUCACCUGAAACUUUAGAUCUUGUUCCAGAGCUGGAAUCCCACGGAGAGCUUGAUUUGCUCCAACUUCCGAAAAAUAACAAUGUAAGCUCAGCAGAAAUGAUGAAUUUACUAAACAUUUUGAAAUCAGAAAGUUUGGAAACUAACUUAAAAGUUGCGGCUGCUGAACAAGUUUUAAUUCACUUGCUAUGUGGGACUAAUGAAGUCCAGUUACUUGAAGAUUUUAUUGUAAAUGCAAUCCAAGAGCUAAGGGUUCCAGACGAAGAAGACAGAGCUGGGAUUAGGCUAGUGAGUAAUUCUUUGCAGAUUUUAGUAGUAAUUGCUUUAAACUACCCACAGCAAGCUAGAAAAAUAUACCAGUCUUCAGUUAAAUUUAUGUGUACCAUUGUGCCACUUAUAUAUAACCCAUACAGACCAAUAAGAUACUAUUCACUUUAUUUAUUAUACAUUUUAGCGUUUUCAAAUCAAAUCCAAAGAAAUUCAUUUAUUCUUUCGACUUUAUUUGUGCUUGUCCCACAGUCUGUAGAGCAUUCUAAAUUAAAGCCUAUACAAGUAAUAGAUGUUAUUAAAAAUACAUUUUUAUGUCCAUUCCCUAUUCAAGUUUUGAAAGUGACAAAUUCGACUUUGUGCAAGUUUUUAGAUUUCUGGGAAAUGGUACCAAGUUCGGAAAGGGUACAUAAUUAUGUAUUUAAUAGAAAAGUUUAUAAGUUUGAUGUAGAAGACAAAUUGGAUGAAUAUGGAAAUGAGCUAAACCAGGCUGAAACACAUGCAGAUAUAUUAAGGACUAUGCUCUCGUGGGAAAAUUUAGUACUGGCGACCAAAUCGGUGAGCUUUAAUGCUUAUAAAAGUUUAUUGAAACCAGACUCAUUGUUUUUCUCACAAAUUUCCAGCAUAUUAAGAGUCCCACCCACUUCCAGACCAGAAGACCUUCUAUACAUUCAUUUAUUAGAAAGCUUUAGAACCGUUUUAGCUUAUGCAAAUCCGUCAACAUCACAGCAGGAAUUUGAAUUUAUACAAAAUUUAUGCUUAUUACUCCAGCGAUCAAUGCUACCUUUCUUAUCAGAGUUAACUGAUUUACACUCAAGAGAAGCCUUGAUAAGCUCAAUCUUAAGAUUUUCAGAAAAGCUGCUAAUUCACCAUGGCAGUACUUGUCCUAACGUUGAAGGAAUUAUAAAAGUUCUUUCAAGAUUCCAAAUUGAGCCAGGAAAAGCAUCACUAUUAUCUUUAUUAGAAAGAAUUUUGCAAGCCAUCGACAAUUUAAAGCUUUAUGGAGAAGUGAUUUCAGUGUUGAUUUUGGUUAUGGAUAAUGACAAUCUGAAAUUAUCUAUGGAUAUUAUUGCCUCUCCACAAUCACAAUAUAAUAUCACAUCAAUUAUAAAUUUAGUUCUUACGAAGCUUAUUCCAUUUACUUCUCCCUCUACUUUUGUGCAUAAAAAUACUCUUAAAAAAGCAUUGCAGCUUUGUAUAAGAAUUCCAGAAUGGGUGCAGCCAGAAAGCUAUAUUUGGUGCAUGAAGCUUGCUGAAGAUAGAGAAAUUUCUAUCAGAAUAUUAGCUUGGUGUUUCUUAUGGAAAAAAUCAAGAAUAGCAUAUGAAAAGCAUAGCAGCGUGCUGGAUACUGCAUUAGAUGUGAUUUUUGCACAAGCAGAAAGCUAUGGUGUUAAAACUCAAGCCUGUGCAUUUCUAUGCAGCUUGACUGAGUCUUUAAUAAACUCUGAAGAUUCCGCAGAAAUGACAGAUACAGUCUUAAAAACUUUGUAUCAGUAUGGAGUUAUUUCAAAUGUGAAAAAAUGUUCUUUUUGGGGUGAGGUUAAUUAAAGUACACUGUACUUUUUUAAACCCCCUCCGAAAAACCUACAAAAAUGACUGUGUGCUUUAAAAAUGGUCGUUUAGUGUGAAAAAAGUACAAACGGUACUUUUCGAUUUUUUAAAAAAACAGGGGGGUGAAAAAAGUAAACGGUGAAAAAAAAACAGCCAAAACAGAGGAAAAAAAGUACAUAUAAAAAUCAAUAUUCUAUCAAGACUAAGUAAAUUUAAGCAAAGAAAGGCCAAGGUUAAAUUGCAUAAUAAGCAGCUUGUAUUGCAUUAUAAUAAAUACUAAACAAUAUUGCUGGAAAGAAUGCAAGAGCUGCAUGAUAAACAAUAAAGAAUAUUUGGCUCUCAAAAUAAGAGGAAAAAAGUACGCUGCAAAAUAUAAAAUGAUUAAAGUGACGUAGAAUAAUCUAAUAUAAAAGACUAAUAAUAAGCACAGGAAAUUCCAGUAGAAAGGUCAACUUAAUUUGUUAAAUAAAAGACCAAAAGUUACAAAGAAAUAUAAGAAAAGUGAUUAUGGAGAAAAAAUUUAAAAAAUGGAUGAAAAAAGUACAUGUUUUUUUCAUAUGCAAAAAAAGAGUGAAAAAAGUACUCAUAAAAUUUUUAACAGUGCAAAUUUUGGAUGAAAAAAGUACAAAGGGAAAAAAAAAAAAACAGAGGAAAAAAGUACAUUGACUUUUUAUAUGAAAAUACUAAUUUUUUAAAUAUGUUUACCUUAAAAUGAGAAGAACGCAUCAAAUUUAAUUUUUUGCUGCAUAUAUUAAUUCUCAAUCCACCCCCUUUAAAUUGGAACAAAAAAUUUUUUUUUGCUAGAAAAAAAUAUCACUUAACUUAACUUAAACAGACUGGCUCGUGCCUUUAAUUUUAACGCAAUCACAAUGAUCCCUUGUGGGAUUCAUCCGCUUUGCGACAUCACUCCCACAUAAAGCGGGAGUACUGAUGCCUCCUCCUUGUCUCUUGUAAAAGACUCCAGUGUUGAGUGGGCAGACUACGGGUUUGUGAGGCCUCCUGAGGCUGAGGGAAUACAAGUUGGCAUUCCGAAAUUCCAAAAAAUGGAAUUUCUGGUAGCCUGUCGGCAAAAGGGUAAAGUCCAGAUCCUGGAACGUAACGCCCAGUCUCACGCUAGGCAGUUGCCCAAUUGUCUAGCUAUUACCUGUAGACUCUGAUGGUCUUGCCCCUUUCCAAAUCUUAACCCUCCUUUCCUUAGAGGUAAAAACCAGUCUCGAAUUUGGACUUGGGCUAGGUUCUACGCUCCUGCAGAAUUAGUUGCUAGCAUUGCUGUCCAUUUCAAGGCUAGAAAAACCUUGCCGGAUAUAAUUAAAAUAUGAGUCGAAGGCUGUAUGGCCGUGAGGCCAUACCUAAACGAAGACGCCAUAUUUUAACUAUCUAGAAAAAAUAUCAAUAUAAAAAUUUUUUAUAAAAAAAAAAUUUCAAAAAUUUAUCGAAUUAGAUUAAUAAAUUUGUUUAAUAAAAUGCUAUUUACUCUUUUUCCUUUAAAACAAAGCAAUAUAUAACUAAAUUUGCAUUAUUAGUUAAUACGCCCACUAUUAAUUGGCAUCAAAAUUAUUUACACAAAAAUUAUUAUUUUUAUUAAUAAAAAAAAAUUAAAAAAAAAAAUUUUAGAAAAUUUAUCGAUCAAAGUGCUAAUUUUGUUUAUGUAAGAUGCUAUUUAUACUCUAUACUUUUAAAAUAAAGCAAGAAAUAAGUAAAUUUUUAUAUUUUAUAAAGAAUUCCUAUUGAAUUUAUAUCAAAACUAUUUAAAUAAAAAAUUUAGCAAUUAAGGAUAAUAAAUUUAUUUAAAUAAGAUGCUCUUUAUACUCUCUUCUUUAAACAAGAGCAAGAUAUAACUAAAUUUUUAUUUUAGCUAAGAAGAAGCAUUUAACUUAUAUCAAAACUUUUUUAGAUAAAAAUUAUAUAUAAUUUUUUAUUAUAAAAUUAAAUUUUGUUCCAAUUGAAGGAGCUAAUUUAUCAAAAAAGGGGAAAUUUUACCUAUAUUUGCUCCAAUUUAAAGGGGGUGGAGUGAGAAUUAAUAUAUGCAGCAAAAUUUAAGAUUUAAGAUUUAAGAUUACGAUAACACUUCGUCGACCCCCACUUAGCUUAGGAUCUGACAAGCAAGCCCAUCCUUCCUGAAUUCCAUCACUGGCUAACAGCUCUGAAUAACGGUAGGUGGAAUUGGCCUAACCGUCGAACCGUUACAGUAGCCUAUGACCUAGACGAGUCUCUCUUUCUUUCUUGAUGUUGAUUCAAGCACACAAGGAACUGCCGAAGCAGUUCUAGCGCCAAUAUCCUUCAGAAAGUCUGAACUUCCCUCACUAGGAUGACCUUAGGGGACAAUGACCCUAAUUCAUGCGCUCCAUUUUUAAUUGUGUGUGCAGCAAAAUUAAAUUGAUGCGUUCUUCUCAUUUUAAGGUAAACAUAUUUAAAAAAUUAGUAGUAUUUUCAUAUAAAAAGUCAAUGUACUUUUUUCCUCUGUUUUUUUUUCCCUUUGUACUUUUUUCAUCCAAAAUUUGCACUGUUAAAAAUUUUAUGAGUACUUUUUUCACUCUUUUUUUGCAUAUGAAAAAAACAUGUACUUUUUUCAUCCAUUUUUUAAAAAAUUUUCUCCAUAAUCACUUUUCUUAUAUUUCUUUGUAACUUUUAGUCUUUUAUUUAACAAAUUAAGUUGACCUUUCUACUGGAAUUUCCUGUGCUUAUUAUUAGUCUUUUAUAUUAGAUUAUUCUACGUCACUUUAAUCAUUUUAUAUUUUGCAGCGUACUUUUUUCCUCUUAUUUUGAGAGCCAAAAUAUUCUUUAUUGUUUAUCAUGCAGCUCUUGCAUUCUUUCCAGCAAUAUUGUUUAGUAUUUAUUAUAAUGCAAUACAAGCUGCUUAUUAUGCAAUUUAACCUUGGCCUUUCUUUGCUUAAAUUUACUUAGUCUUGAUAGAAUAUUGAUUUUUAUAUAUGUACUUUUUUCCUCUGUUUUGGCUGUUUUUUUUUCACCGUUUACUUUUUUUCACCCCCCUGUUUUUAAAAAAAUCGAAAAGUACCGUUUGUACUUUUUUCACACUAAACGACCAUUUUUAAAGCACACAGUCAUUUUUGUAGGUUUUCGGAGGGGGUUUUAAAAAAGUACAGUGUUCUUUUUGAAAACUCUGGGCCUCACCCAGCUUAUUUCGGAAGUAUUGUGACUUUAUUAUAUAACAUUACUCUAUUAGAUUACUCACGAGUAAGCCCAAUUUUAAUACAAAUUGAUAUCUGGGAUCCUCUGAUAAGACUUAUCAGGCCUGGAGCCUUGCUUGAAAGACUAUUUAAUGAGCAGAGAAAGCCAUGCAAAGACUAUCAGAGCUACUCAUUUGAAGACACCUUGAUUGGGCUUGUCAGCAUUCUGAAUUUUAUUGCUCAUAUGAUGAAGCAAGAUGCUCAAAUUACUGAUUAUUUGUUAGAGUCCACCCACAUAUUGACUUAUGUCUUAGACUGGAUUCAAGAGUGCCUGGAAAGUUUCGAGGAAUCAAAAGAGCUUCUAUAUGGAAAAACACUGCAAAGUUUGUUGAGUUGUCUCCAUAUUUCUAUAUUCCAAAGUCCUGUGAAGUCCAAACAGUCAAUUGAAAAUUUCAGAUAUGAAUUACUAUGUGACAUAUUUGAUAUAUCAAGAGGCUCAGAAUUAAAACUAACUAUAUCAAGACUUCUAACAUGUUUAUUGCCGCAUUUUCCUAUUGAUGCAAAAGAAGCAGACCGUUUAGUCCUUCAUCUUAUUCAUAUUUAUAAAGAAAACCAACAUGAAGACCAAUUAGCAGCGGCUAGAGAUACAGAAAACGCUUUAGCAAGCUUAUUAUUUUACUCAGAAUCUGCCAAAAAUGUGGCGAUUGCUACUGGAUUUGCUAAAGAUUUAUACGGACUCGCUAAAGUGGUAUCUAACGAAAUCCAAGCUCAAGACUCUCAAAAAAAUAAAAAGCAAGAUGAUUUUUCCCUUAAAGUCUUAACAAGGUUUUUAACUCUUUUCAAACUUUGGUCUGCAAAUUCUCAAAGCGCAAAAGCAAGCCUAUCUGGAAAAGAAAAAAAAUCAGGGCCAUUACUUCAACUCUUAUUUAACUUGUGACCGCUAGCAUUAAGGAAAGAAAGUUUAUUUACAUUGCUUCUAGAAACUAUAUGCACUUUAAUAUCAGAAAGCGAGGUAUCUAAAGAGGCUUGCACUUAUACCCAAGAAAACCGGCAAUGUCUCUUGCUCUAUGUAAUUGAGUAUUUAAGUCGGCCGUCAACUGCGUCUGAUUUCAAUUUUCGACUUGCCUUAAAAAUGCUUGGGUCUUUGUGUGCAAGUACAAGCACUAGGCAGCUUUUAAUAAAAACAAAAUAUCCUCAGGGACUAUGCCAGCGCCUAGUCAAAGUCUGGAAUGAUUGCAAAGAUCCUCAAGCCAUUCCUAUUAAGUCUCCAUCAAUGAUUGAGUUUUUAGCUGCUUUUGCGUUUUAUGAUGAAGGGCAAAAAGUGAUUGCUACUAUUCCUGGGCUAAUUGAUGUUCUCGUAGAGGUACUUGAAAGGUUUUCAACUACAGGAAUUAAAUAUGAAGUCGUUGAAAACUCUUUAUUACUGCUUCGAAAUCUUUGUUUUUCAGCCAAUAAUAAGCCUCAUAUUUUAGCAAAUCAAAGAUCUUUAAUGCUACUAUUAACAUUUACCAGCAGUAAUAAACAAAAACCAAAACUUAGAAAUUUGGCCUCUUCUGCGUUAUGGGCUUUGCUUUAUAAUAACCAGAAAGUUAAAGGACUUUUAAGACAGGAUGAAAUACUGAGACAGCUAGAAGUUGUUCAGAGUGAUACCAGUAGAAGUGUCGAUGAGCUAACUUCGAAAGAAGAUAACGGAGACGAUUUAGAGAAUUUGAAACAAGUAGCAGAGAACAUAAACUCUGUGCUGAAAAUAUGCAUUGACCCAUAA